AUGUCAUCUCAAAUUGAUAGUGGUUCAGUUAUUUCAUCACCCAUUCGCUUUUAUGAUUCUACAUUUUAUACCAUUGCACUGACAAGUUUAACGUAUUUAGUAUUUCAAAUCUAUUCUAUCAGACCUCAUUCAAAACGUAUAAUAUUAUUUCUUUCAUUCAUUUGUACAUGUAUUGGUUCUGAAAUAUUUUUUCGUAUUCUCUAUUAUAAAUCAAUAUUAAACACUGAUCGUUUGAUAAAUUUAAAUAUCGUAAACUACUUUUCACCAACAAUUAUUCAUUCAACAAUUUUAUUAUCGAUUACUGCACUUUUAUGGAAUGCCACACAAUGUUCAGCAUUAGCAACAGUUUUAUUGUCACUAUCGCCAUCGUCUGAAUCUUCAUCAUCAAAUCAUGUUUAUCGUCGUUGGCUUCGGCAUAUAUUUAUUGAUCAUAUAUUUGCUUUAUUACUAGUACGUUUAGGAAGUUUAACUGAUUUACCAACAAUAAUUACUCUUAGUGAUGUGGCAUCGGUCUGUGUAUUAACAAGUUGGUUUUCACAAGUAGCCGUAUUUCCUUGUGUACUAUGUUUUAUAUAUUCGUUUGUCAACAUAGAAAAAAUUGACUUAAAAACUCCUCCUCAUCCUUCUAUCAAUGUAAACUCUAUACAAGAAGGCGAUGAACUGAAUAGUGUGUUACAUCGUCUAAAAAUAAUUAAAAUAAUUGGUUUAGCUUUAUUUGGUAUAAAGAUUUCCGCAUUAUCUUUAGGUGAAACAUUAGCACUUAUAUUUGCAACAAUUAUUUGUUUAUCAUGUUUAUUUACAUCUACGAGAGAAUACAAUCACAGUAGUUAUUCAUGGAUAUUUGAUUCAUUUUUUAACAAAAAUCUUGCAAAAAAGCUUAUUGACAAUGCCGCUGAUGAUCUGAUAGAUUCAAGAAAACAUUCAGCGUCAAGGAGUAGUUGUUCAUUAUUGAAAACCGAUAGCAAACCACAUUUCAAAACUAUCAUAAAAGGACCGAUACAUUUACAAAACGGAAAUGAAGAAGUAUUACCACUGUUAAAUGAUCAAUCUAGCCAUCCACCAACCAUUAAGCAAUACCUUGAAAUAAAACAGUCAUCAUCACCACCACCACCACCAUCAUUAAUAGUUGCUAAACAAAAUUAUAAAUCUCUUUCUGAUGAUGAACUGUUACAAAUAAUCAUGUCCAACAAUCAACGAGAAUUAUUACCACACAAUUUAGAAAAAUAUUUACCCUAUGAUCGUGCUGUUUAUUUGAGACGUUUAUUUCUAAAUGAAAAACUAUCAGAAUUAUCACAUGUAUCUACGAUCAGUGAUUUACCCUACGAUCAUUACGACUAUUCUCGUGUGACUAAUCAAUGUUGUGAAAACGUUAUUGGUUAUGUACAAAUUCCCGUAGGUUAUGCUGGACCGUUAUCAGUUGAUAAUAGAGACUAUUAUAUUCCAUUGGCAACAACGGAAGGUGCACUUGUAGCAAGUACAAAUCGUGGAUGUAAAGUUAUCGGCUUAUCUGGUGGUAUAAACACAACAUUGUAUAACGAUGGUAUGUCGCGGGGACCCGUGUUAAAAUUUGAAACAGCUAGAGAAGCACAUAAAGCGUAUAAUUGGUUAGACGAAAAUUUUGAACAAAUACAGUCAUCAUUUAAUCGUACAAGUGGUUAUGCAAGAUUAAAAAAUAUAAAAAAAACAUUAUCGGCAAGAUAUUUAUUUAUUCGUUUUGUGGCAACAACAGGUGAUGCUAUGGGUAUGAAUAUGCUUUCGAAAGGUGUUGAAGCAGUUUUAGAAUUAUUAAAACAAUCGUGGGGUUCAGCUGUCGAUGUUAUUAGUAUAAGUGGUAACUACUGUAUUGAUAAAAAACCGUCAGCUUUAAAUUGGAUUGAUGGACGAGGGAAAUCUGUAAUCGCUGAAGCUGUAAUCCCAGGUGAAGUAUUAGAAAAUGUAUUAAAAAUGAGUUGUCAACGUUUAAUUGAAGUAAAUUUGGCUAAAAAUAUGGUUGGCUCAGUAAUGGCUGGUAGUAUUGGUGGAUUUAAUGCACAUGCAGCAAAUACCAUUACGGCUAUGUUUAUUGCAUGUGGACAAGAUCCAGCACAAUGUAUUGCUAGUAGCACGUGUUUAACGUGGUUAGAAGCAACUGGUCCAGAUAAACAAGAUUUGUAUAUUUCAUGCACAAUGCCUUCAUUGGAAGUUGGUACUGUUGGCGGUGGUACAUCAUUAUCUGGUGGACAAGCGGCUUGUUUAAAAAUGCUAGGUGUUUCUGGAUCUAAUACUUUAAAACCGGGUAACAAUUCAGUGCAAUUAGCAAAAAUUAUGUGUGCAACUGUUUUAGCUGCCGAACUGUCGUUAAUGAGUGCAUUGGCAACAAAUGAUCUAGUCAAAGCACAUCUUAAAUUAAAUAGAACUGUCACAACACCUGAAUUUAGACAAAAAUCAGAAAUAGAAACUGAUCAAAAUAAACCUCAGCGUCCAUCCACACCUGUUGUCUUCGAUAUUAGAUAA